AAGGGAGAUCUAUGGCCGUGUCUAGGCUUCUUCACACUUUCUAGAAGCCUGUGUGCAUGGUCAAUUGAUGAACCAGUUCCAUCUCACCCAAAUUCACAAUCCAACAUGGAGAAACUUGUCGAAAAUGGCGACGGUCAAUUGACCAUCCAAAACUUAUCCCCGCCUGCAAAGCGAGCACCGACUGGAAUCCUGACCAAACAACAGAAGGAGGAACAGAAACAUCUGGCUGAGGCCCGCAAAAAGUACGGAAGAGGUCGUCCGGUGCGGAUCAACGAGGUGAAAGACAAGAAGCUGCGUGCCAACCUCAAACGCAUUGAGAACAAAUACCGCUCCGCCGUCUUACAUGCUAAAGAUGCGGAAAUUCUGUAUGAGAACACCGAGGGUUUCUUGCAGCCAGAGACGGAGCUUGAAAAGACAUACAAAGUUCGACAAGACGAUAUCCUGAGCGCAGUCGGUGUUCAGCAGGCCAAAAAGUCAAUCGAAUUCAAAUUAGAUUUGGGCCCCUACACAGCCAACUAUACCCGCAAUGGACGAAGUCUGCUCCUGGCGGGACAGAAAGGACACAUUGCCACAUGUGACUGGCGAGACGGCAAGCCAGGUUGUGAACUACAUUUGAACGAGACAGUAAGAGAUGCGAAAUGGCUCCACAACGACCAAUACUUUGCAGUGGCGCAGAAGAAACACACUUAUAUCUACGAUCAUGCUGGUGUCGAGAUCCAUUGUCUCCGAAAAUACGUCGAGACGACACACCUAGAGUUUCUGCCAUAUCAUUUCCUCUUGGCUGGCGUGGAGAACAGCGGGUUCCUGCGGUACACAGACACCUCGACGGGACAGAUUGUGUCCGAAUACUCGACGCGCAAGGGAGCACCGACCGCGAUGAGCCAAAACCAAUACAAUGCCAUCUUACACGUGGGACACCAAAACGGUACAGUGUCACUAUGGUCGCCCAACUCAACGACUCCACUGGUCAAAAUCCAAGCCAACGCUGGCCCUGUGCGCUCCAUCGGAAUCGACCGUUCAGGACACUACAUGUUAUGCGGCGGACAAGAUCUACGACUUAAACUCUGGGACAUCCGCGCCAUGAAAGAAAUCCACUCCUACACCACACGACAACCAGCAUCCAGCAUCUCCAUCUCCGACCGAGGCCUAGCCGCCAUCGGCACCGGCACCAGUGUGACAAUCUGGAAAGACCUCUUCACGAGCUCAAGCAACCGCGAACCCUCAAAAGUCCAAUCCCCCUACCUCAGCUGGGGCAACGACGGCCUUCGAAUGGAACGUGUCGAAUUCUGUCCUUACGACGACAUCCUCGGCAUUUCACACGCACAGGGGUUCAGUAGCAUCAUUGUCCCCGGCGCAGGCGAACCUAAUUACGAUGCUUUGGAAGCCAAUCCCUACGAAACCACCAAACAACGCCAGGAAACUGAAGUGCAAUCACUCCUCACUAAACUCCAACCGGAGACUAUUGCAUUGGAUCCUCAUUUCAUUGGUAAUUUGGAUGUUCGGAGCGCCGAGCAGCGUGCGCGUCAGAAGGAUCUGGAUGCCCCGCCGCUGGAUCCGUUGGCCAAGUUGAAGGAUAAGAAUCGUAUGAGAGGGAAGAAUAGUGCGUUGAGAAGACAUUUGAGGAAGAAGGGAGGAAAGAAUAUUAUUGAUGAGAAGAGGUUGAGGUUGGAGGAGAUGAAGAAGGAGAGGUCAGAUAGGGAUAGGUUGAGGUUGGAGAGGGAGAAGGCGGAUUUUGGCCCUGCGUUGGCGAGAUUUGCAAAGAGAGGGGUUUGAGUAUAGAAUAAAGCGAGUGUCUGGUGUUUGGGUGCGCUAUUAGAGGAAGACCAGACUAGAC